AUGGCCUCCACCGCCGUCUCCCUCCUCUGCUCCUCCUCCACAUUUCCAUUCAAUCCCACUCUUCCCGCCAAAUCCUCAUCGACGGUCAAUUUUCGCGCCAACUCUCUACCCGCCACGGAUGCUUCUUCUGCUUCUUCUUCAGCUUCAAUUUUUACAGGUAAAGAUCGAAUCUUGGGCAGAAGAGGACUGGUGUUCACACUCACAGCCACACUGCCGAUGCUUCUUCCUUUCCCGGAUUCCAUGGAGGCCUUUAAAGCCGAGGCUAUGGAUGUGUAUGAGGUUAUGAAGGAGGAGAUUAGGAAAGUUGUGUCCAAGGGCAAAGCUGCCGGUGUGCUUCGAUUUGUGUUUCAUGAUGCAGGGACCUUUCAGUUGGAUGACAAUUCGGGUGGGAUGAAUGGUUCGGUCAUAUAUGAACUCGAUAGACCCGAAAACAAAGGUCUUAAAGCCCCUUUCAAGAUUUUAGAGAAAGCAAAGGCUGUGGUGGAUGCAAUGCAACCAGUAUCGUGGGCAGACAUGAUUGCUGUGGCUGGAGCUGAAGCAGUUUCAGUGUGUGGAGGUCCGACUAUCCAAAUUAAAUUGGGCAGACUAGACUCUAAGGAGCCUGACCCUGAAGGAAAACUUCCAGAAGAAACUCUUGAUGCUGCUGGUCUGAAGCAAAGCUUUCAGACAAAAGGCUUUUCAACUCAAGAACUUGUUGCUCUGUCAGGUGCUCAUACUCUGGGAAAUAAAGGUUUCGGAAGCCCAACUGUUUUUGACAAUUCAUACUUUAAAGUUCUUAUCGAGGAAUCCAUGUCUUCAGGUAGUAUGUCAAGCAUGACUGGGCUUCCUUCAGAUCGCGCUCUUCCCAAGGAUGAUGAAUGUUUAAGAUGGAUCAGAAAGUAUGCCGACGAUCAGAAUGCUUUCUUUGAAGAUUUUGAGAAGGCUUACAUCAAGUUAGUGAAUUCAGGAGCAAGGUGGAAGAGCUUGUGAAUAUUUGCCGCAGCAGGGAUCGUGUUUUUGAUUGGGCCUUCUUUGUACAGAAUUGGAUUGAGAAUUAAAGCACUAUACCAAUUACCAAAUGAGCAACCAGAGCCUCCCAUAAACAGUUCAAAGUGGAAGCAGGUUUAUAGUCGGCCGGGCUUGAUCUAAUUGGACACCUAAACAGUUAAUAUAGGUACGUGACCAGUUACUGUAAUUUCAAUACAGAUGAUUAGCUGCAAUAUUUUAAAUCAAAUGUUUAACCGAAAGAGUGGGAUGAUCCGAUGACACCAGACAAGACUUUAUCUUGUAUAAUCAUUAUUAUCUCAUCAAAUGAUUUAGGUUCUUAUG